ACCCACCUUUGUACACAGGCAGGAAGGGGAACCCAGGAGGGGUGGGUGCAGGGCCACCAGAGGGAGGUGGGGUUUACUUUGCGGAUUGGGGCUCACAGCUGUCACUCUGAAAGGGUGGGGCUUUUUUUUUUUUUUUUUUUGAAACGCUUGGAAGGCAAAACCCCAAACCCGCACCGGGCAGCGCGGCGCUCGCGUCCGCUCCGGAUGCGGUCCUGGCCAAGCGGGGCCCGGGCGCCGGCGGACGGGUGGCAGCUGCGGCGUCCAGCCGGCUUCCCGCGCCCGCUCUCCCUCCCCCGCGCGCAGCUGGCCCGGCGCCCCCCAGCGCCUGGGGGGCGCCCCGCGUCUCCGCAGCCGGUCGUGCGCUCUGCGCGCCCGGAGCCCGCGAGCCCUACCCCGCCAGGGCUGGCGUCGGCUCCGGAGCGGCUGCACCCCAGCAAACUUUGGGCGCCGGCGUGCGCGCCAGCCCCGGGGCGCGGCGGGCCCGGGAUGGGGGCCGUGAGCUCGCGCGCCCCGCGCCGCCCCUCGCGCCGGGCCGCUCGGCUGGGGGCCUGGGCGCCGCCUCCGCCAGAGCGCCGGGCGCUGCAGCCCCGCCGCCUCUGCGCCCGCGCCGGCACCUGCUAGCCAGCUCCGAGCCCUGCGCGCCGCCACAGUCCUGUGCACCCUUUUUGGACCGCCCGGGGGCCACUCCGCGCCGGGGGCGCAGGGGAAGGAGCACAUCCUCGGGGAUGCACCGGAGCGUUGCCCGGUGGGCGUGAAACGACGAGGUGGCGUCUGGGACCCAGGAGGGCAACUCCAAGUCCCCGCGCGCUCGGCGCCCCGGCCAGGCCAUGGGGUGGCGGGGGCUCGGCGCUGGGCGCUGGGGCCGCGGGGGUGCCUAGCCCAGCUCUCUUCCGCCGCCGGCACCGCCCCGGGCCUCCGGGGGCUCGGCCACUCUCCACUUGGCCCAGACGGCCCCUGGGAGCCUAGGACGUGAGCUCCGGGGCUCCAGCAUGUGUCCGUCUGACAUGGGGGCGCGGUGGCACCAUUGGUCUCCUGUGCUCAUCAGCCUGGCCGCCCUGUUCUCCAAAGUGACGGAGAGCAGGGGCAUCCUGGAGAGCAUCCAGAGGUUUUCUUUGCUGCCCACUUACCUUCCUGUGACCUACCACAUCCACAACGCCGAUGUGGCCUUCUUCCUGAAGGAAGCCAACCAGGACAUCAUGCGCAACUCCAGCCUGCAGUCCCGUGUGGAAUCUUUUCUGAUCUACAAAGCCAGGAGCCUACCUGUUCUCAAUGCCAGCUAUGGGCCCUUCUCCACCGAGCAGGUGGUGCCCCAGGAUUUAAUACUGCCUUCCAACCCACUUGGUCCCACCAACAAGUUUUCUCUGAACUGGAAACUCCAGGCCCGCAUCGUGCGGGAGAAGAUCUACCUGAGCCGGCCCCGAGUGCAGGUGCUGUUCCAGGUGGUGGGCAGAGACUGGGACCAACACAGCACCGGGGACAUGCUGCCCUGCCUGCGGGUGUUUGCUUUCAGGGAGACCAGAGAAGUGCGAGGCAGCUGCAGGCCACAGGGAGACCUGGGGGUGUGUGUGGCUGAGCUGGAGCUGCUCACCGCCUGGUUCAGUCCCCCAACGGUUUUGGCUGGCAGGAAGAAAGUGGCUGAGCAGCCUGAGGGCAGUCCUGUGGAGCUUUACUACAGCGUGCACCCCGGGGAUGAACGGGGAGACUGUACCAAGGAAGAUUCCAGAAAGAAUAAUGGGGUCCGCAGAGGCCACAAUGACAUUGAUGAGUCGGGCCCCCCUUUGCAGAGAAUUGGGAGUGUUUUCCUCUACCAGACACAGGGCCGGCUUCCCCUCAGAGAGCUGCGGUUGGAUAACCAUGUGACUGUCUACUAUAGUCCAAAGACUGCAAGGCAAGGGGAUGUGCUCACCUUUCCCAUCUCAGUCUCCAAAAAUUACACUGAGGACCACUUCACACUAAGGGCAAAGGUGAAGAAAGGUGUGAACAUAAUUGGAGUGAGAGCCAGCAGCCCCUCCAUUUGGGAGGUCAAGGAAAACUUGGAUUACACCAGCAAGUAUGCGCCAGCUGUCAUUGUGUGUCAGAAAAAACCCACUGUCUCAGAAAACAGUGCGGAUGGGACUUCUGAUGAGGUCAUGCAGAUCGACAUUGAAAUAGAAGGGCCCAGUGACCCACCUGUCACUCAGCUGGUCACCUGGCAGGUGGAAUAUCCUGGCGACAUCACCUCUGACUUGGGUGUGUCCAAGAUUUUCGUGAGUCAGAAGGAGCUGAUGGGCAUGGUGCCGAUGGCCAUGGAGGUGGAAAUCCUGAACACGGCCAUCCUUACCGGGAAGACGGUGUCUGUGCCGGUCAAGGUUGUGUCCGUGGACGAGGAUGGCACGGUGACAGACCUACAGCGAGCCGUGGAAUGCAGAUCAUCAGAUGAAGACGUCAUUAAGUCCCACACUGAGAUCACCCAACAGCAUAUUUCUUCGACCAUAUUCCUAAUCACAAAUGAUGUAUGA